CCAUCUCAGCCAUUAUCACCAUUGCUUCCCAUAAUGGCAUUGAACGAGCAAUGUUUGGUUACCUAUGAUACUCGAGAUCACAUUCUAGAUGAAAAGGAAAGUCUCUGCCCUCUCAUCAGCAAAUAUCCCUUUGUUUCAGUGUUGAUUUGCAGUCUAGGAACAUUGGACCAACUUCCUCUGGAAGCUCUUAAUAUGGUACUACUACAAUUCGACGUACACUCACUGAUGACGAGCUUUGGAUAUUUCAACCGGCGAGCCAGACAGCUCGUACCCUUGAUUCCUGAAUACUCAAAGAUCACGUUGCGCUCUCCUGUCACAAUCAGGGCAAUCCGCAGCAUCGGCACUGGGGCUUCGCUUUCCCUACAAACACUCUGGGACAAGCUCCAUACGGCUAAAUGCAAAACCUGCGGUGACUUUGGUGAAUACCUGUACCUGAUUACAUGCCGCCGUGUUUGCUUUGAUUACUUCACUAAUCGCACCGACUACCUUCCAUUCGUACAAGCCAAUGUUCUACGAAUAUUUGAACUCCAUCAGAAGCACCUGGCAGCUAUAUCAUCCAUGAAGAGUGUUCCAGGUUGCUAUUCGACAAGUGAGCGCAGACGCCGUAGUCGCUUUACUCUAUUUGAUUACAACGCUGGGAUGCAAACUGGACUUGCCAUACACGGGAGCCUCGGCGCAAUGAACCAGCACGCCCUGGGGACGUGGAGCAAAAAAGCGACCCAAUCCCGGUGCCGAAAAACUAUAAACUGGUAUGGGUCUGAUUUAUCUACUCGGAAUCUGAAGCGCUUUAUGGGGAUCGCCCGGGCCGGGGUUCUAAACGCCCGUACAGGAGUCCCAGAAUGGGGUUUGCAUUGUUCUGCAUGCAGAUAUCACUGGUUCAAUUCUCGACGUUGCAUUGGUACCUUUAAUUGGCGUCGAAAGCUCACCAGGGAGAGCUUUGAGGAUCAUACUAGAUAAUAUGGUGAGAUUAUAGACGGAAAGCACAGUGGAUUUACGGAGUUACAGGGUAUUCCCCGCUGAACGAAUGGAAGCUAUCUGCAUUUUGAGAACCAGCUACCCUAUGGUAAUGAAUAGGACUAUCUUAAAAUCAUAAAUUAUUAACUCAGUUAAAGACUAUUAAAUUAGUUAAUCUUAAUGUCAAUACUAG